GUCGUUACCGUCACCCGAACACACACCCACAUCGGGAGGGAUUGCUUUACCCCAAUCCUCGCCGCAUCCAGCACUCGCCCCACUGCCCUUCCGGACGCCGGAGAUGCCUGCGUCGGCGGCGAAUAACCGGCCGGAAGAUCUGACCGCUCGGCUGGGCGUGGGCGCCGGCGCCGCGCAGGGGGAGGCGCUGCUCAAGGCCCUCCGCGAGGUCAAGAACCAGAUCAUCGGCAACAAGACCAAGAAGCUCCUCUACCUCCACCUCGGCGCCGUCCCCAAGAUUGUCUCCGUCCUCGCCGCCGCCGCCGCCUCCCCCUCCUCCGACUCUGGCGGGAUCAGCCGCGGCGGUGAUGCUGCCGUUAUCGUUCAAGCCGCCGCCGCCAUCGGCAGCUUCGCAUGUGGGGUUGAGGACGGGGUUCGCGCCGUCCUCGAUGCAGGCGCUGUGCCCCACCUCACCAGCAUCCUUUCCCACGACGAUGAGAAGGUAGUGGAUGCGGGUGCUCGUUCUCUUAAAAUGAUAUUCCAAUCUGAGCUUGCCCCAAAGUAUGAUGUUCUUCAAGAGAAGAACUUGAAUUUUAUACUUUCACUCUUAGACAGUGACAAUGAAAAUGUUACUGAACUUGCUGCCAGUAUCAUAGCACACUCUUGUGAGACAAACGAACAGCAGAAGGCACUGUGUGAUGCUGGGGUCUUGCUCAGAUUUGUCAGUCUACUUGGUGGAUCUUCAAACCAAAAGGAUGGUUGUUUAGAAUCUAUAGCAGCAGUUAUAAAAAAUAACCCUGAAGUUUCUUCUAGGUUUUCUUGCACUGGCAAUGGAAAAGCUUUGAAUGCAUUGGCAAACUUGAUACAGGACCGGUAUCCUCAUACAAGAUUACUUGCCUGUAAAUGUUUGAUUGCUGUUGCGCAUGCCUCACCUUGUUACGUGGAAGAGUUACAAAUCAAAACUAAGUUAGUGUUAGUAUUAGUUGAGCUUCUUGAAGAACCUGGUCGAGUUGGAAAUGAGGCUCCAUUCUCAUUGAAAACUCUAAUUGCAGAUGAUGAGGAGUUACAUAAGCAGGCACUUUCUGUUAAUGCUAUUGAGAAGCUCUGCAGCAUUCUGCAGAUGAGCUCGGUACAGGCAAGGCGCCUCCAGGGAAUAUUGCUUGCUCUGGCUGAGCUUUGUUCAAAGUUAGAGAAGUGCAGAUGUCAGCUUAUGUCACCUCAGGUGCUGAAUUUAAUUGUUGAUGCACUGAAACAUGAUUGUAUGGAUGUUCGUGUUGCCGCAUGUGAUUGUAUAAGGAACAUCACUCGGUCUCUGAAGAACCUUAGUGCAGGAUGUCUUUCCAGUGAGGCAUUUAUUGUUCGUUUGGUCCAGCUUUCGCAUGAUCCAUCAACAUCUGUGCAGAUUGCUGCGCUUGGUGCUCUUUGUAACAUUGUUAUUAACUGUGCAACUCGAAAGUCUGUAUUAAUCAAAUGUGGAGGUGUCUCACAACUUGUUCAACUAUCAAAGUCAAUGGAUUCAGCGCUCCGAUCAAAAUCUGUGUUGGCUUUGAGGAAUCUGAUGUUCCUUGCAGACAUAACAGAUAAAGAAUUUAUACUUAAGGAGCUAACAUUAUGUACUCUAGCUAGCCUGAUAUAUGAUUCUGAAUGUUCUAUCCAAGAGCAAGCCUUGGCACUCACAAGUGAUCUUGUUGAUGGAUGUAGUCAAUCUGUCAAGCAUGUACUUGCAGAAGACAGUAUUAUUCUAGAUGCUGUUAUGAGACAAUUGCAGAAUGCAUCAUCCAUAGGUGUAUGCAUUCAGGGAAUGUUUGUGCUCAGCAAUAUUGCAGCUGGGAGUGAGUCUGAUAAAGAUACAGUUAUGAAUUAUCUUGUUCCCCCACACACAGAUAGUUGCAUCCCCUCAUUUACGAUCAAGUUCUUGCAGAGCAAGGAUAUUUUGCUACGUGUGGCUUCUCUAUGGUGCUUCGUCAAUCUGACAGAUCCAGCCAGUGUUGGAUCAUCCCGAAGAGUAGCGAGACUCCAAGAUGCAGGGAUUGUUCUUCAGCUAAAAUCUAUGCUUAAUGAUCCCUGUUUGGAUUGCAAGCUUCGCGCGAGAAUGAUUCUCGAGCAGUGUAUGGAGCUGGAGACUGCUCAGGCGUAAUCAGUUUUUCUGCUUGAGAAAUUGUACCAUUCUUGUAUUUUUCAUUAGGAGGGACACAUUAUAAUAUGUUAAAUGAUCCCCUACCAAAGUCUUGCAUGUAAAAACGUCUUUUCAGAAGGGUAAUGCUCUUCCACUAAAUCCUAUCGAUACCUGAUUUGUAAAGCUCUAGUUGACAAUAUACCUAGUUACUCUUCUUUGGCAGGUGAGAAAGGUGUAUCCCGAUGUGCCACAUCUUUACUGGGGAUCGACUGCUCGCUCUGAACCAGUCAUGAAAAUGUUGGUGGAUUUCUUUUUCUCUUUUUAUUAAUGCUAUCCUCAUUUGAAAUGCACUUAGUCAUCACUUGUCAUCCUUGUGUACGAUAAUAUGGUUGAGAUAUGUAACAUUUGUGGCAAAGCACUUUUUUCCGAAUGAAUUUCGAGGAUUUUUUUUGAAUGAAUGUAACUGUUGGUUACUUCGAAUAGAUAUAUUGUUCAGUCCGUGCA